CAACACGACCACUGUCUACUGCUAACUGCUGCUUCCAUGACGGUGUCAUGUGAGAGACGGGAGACAUACCCAAGUUUAUCAUGUGAUUGAUUAUAUUCUCCUGCUUAAACGCAGCUACGUACUCGUCGAGUGUAGUUGAGAGAGCUUUUGGGCGAGUAUCGAUCGCCGAGUAUUGUGGUUGUUACGGGCGAGAGUACUCAAUCCUGGACCUAUGGUAGACGACGAAUAGUUUCGGUUAAACAGUAAUAUCGACUCAUUGUGCGUACUUAUCGAUCCAAACAUGGCUAGUGCGAACAUUUUCAUCUGCCUCAGCUCGCUGGUGCUUUUGGCGAUGUCUGCUGUGCCGCUCGCCGAAGCUGGUAAUAGCGUUCCUGUCAUGCUCUGGUACGGCGAAUCAUCCAACAAUUUGGUGAACCCACUUCACAAAACAUCCAAACACGAGUUUGAGGAAACUUUGCUCAAGCGGCUGGGUAAGACACAUCCUCCUCUCAUUCUCUUUGUCAAAGACAGUUUCUGCAUCGAAGACAUCAAUAAGCACAAGAAUCUUCAGCAGCUCAAUAAUGCUGGAUCGCUGACUUACUUGCCAUCCGUUGAGUCAGCUCUAUCUGUAUUUGAGAAUCUGUCGCUAUACAAUAUUUCAUACUCAACCGAACGUGAUUUAGAUUCAGUGAGCGAAGGGCAGCUAGCCAUUCUACAAGUUUCUGAUCUCAAUGCUAUUCCAGAGAUAUAUAACCUGCUUAGAGAAUUGAGUCCUAAUUUAAAAGUAGCUUUAACUGGAAAAACUUGUUCGCAUACCAAUGAUAGAAGCAAAAGACAAGCAGUUUACAAUGAAAAAGUUAAAGAGGCUCCUGUUCCUGUAAUUGUAAGCGAGCCAGGUAUUUUAUUCUAUUCUGGCCAAGCCCCAAUGAUCAAGAUUAACAAGGAAGAUGCAGUACAAUUGUCCGGUCCUAUUUCAUCAUCAGUUAUUCAAUUUAAUGGAACAACAAAUUUGACUAUGACAUUUAAAGGUGGUAAUAACGGUGUACCUGAUUCAAUUACCUUAACUGCUCAUGUUAUUGAAUCUAUAAUGUCAGCUGGUUACUACAGCUUUAGAGGCUUUCAAUAUACUGGUGACUCUAAAACUGUAUUUUUAAACAGCAAUGAGGAUAUUUAUUUCCCAUAUAAUUCAUCCUAUCAUUGUGGUAGCGAUAAUUUAUUUACAUAUUUGAGUAAAGCAAAUAACACAGUUGAUAAAAUUACAGUAACUCUAAAAAAUAUGCAAGUGCAAAUGAAUACAACAAAAUUCGGAGACGAUGUUUGGGACUGCUCUGGAUACUUUAGUGCACCAAUUUGGACUGGAAUUUUUGUAACAUUUAUUUUAGCAAUGAUUAUGAUAUGGGGAAUUUCCAUGCUUAUGGAUAUACACACAAUGGAUCGCUUUGAUGAUCCUAAAGGAAAAACCAUCACAAUCACAGCUCAAGAAUAAUUAUUAUUAAUACAGUUAUAAAUGUGUACAUUUGGUCCAACGACUAUAAACCGUUAAAUAUGAGGUAUAACUGUUUAAAAAUGAUUAGAAGUGUAAAGUUAUAGUGUUCUUAUUUCUGUAAAUUUGAAUGAAUAAAUUGUAUGUGCUCACUAUUUAUUAUGUUAAAAUAAACUUUAACAAUAAGUUACAAUGAGUUAAUGUUCAGUCAUAUUGUUGAGAUGCAUCAUCAUACAAUAAAAUAAAGUAAAAUAAAUUAUCUUAAU